UAAUUUUCGUUUCUCAAAGUAUAAUAUCUCUAUGUUUACGAUUAAGUUUUUGUUUUCUAAAACAACCAUUUGUAAAACAAUCGCAGUUUUCAUGAACUGAAAGUUAAUAAACAACCAAUAAUUAGCGUCCACCAUUUGUGAAAGAUGACUUAAUAUUUCCAAGAUUUUGAUAAAAAUCUUCCAAAAUCAAUAUGUCCAAUACGAACGAUCACGACCAAAUCAAAUUUUCAUUUUUCCCACCACCUCCAUUGAACCUUCUACAACAUACAUACCUAUAUAUAUAGAGAGAGAAUUAAAGAUAGAAAAUUUGAAAAUAUGAAUACUUAUUCAUUGAAGUACUAUUUAUAUUGAUAAACAGUAAUUCUUUUUUCUUCUUGUGCUUUUUUGAAAGGGAAUUCAUUAUAUUUUCUUGUUACUAAUUAAGUGAGAAGAUGGGAACUACCAAGACGUUGAUCUUGCAAUUCUCAGCAGUUUUUCUCUUACAUAGUGAGGUGAUUUAUAGCUAUGCUAUGACUCAUCAUCACUAUAACUUCGACGUGGUGGAAACACCAUACAAUAGGUUGUGCAGCAACAAGACUAUAUUGACUGUAAAUGGGCAAUUUCCGGGGCCAACUAUAUAUGUGACUGAGGGAGACACCAUUGUCGUAGUAGUCGCCAACAAAGCAACACAAAACAUAACCAUUCACUGGCAUGGGGUGAAGCAACCAAGAUAUCCGUGGUCCGACGGCCCUGAAUACAUAACUCAAUGCCCGAUUCGACCGGGGACUAAUUUCAGUCAGAAGAUCGAAUUCUCUGACGAGAUUGGGACCCUUUGGUGGCACGCACACAGUGACUGGUCAAGGGCUACGGUGCAUGGAGCAGUGAUUAUAUAUCCCAAGAAGAAGGAUGAUUAUCCUUAUCAUGUGCCCUACGCACAAAUCCCAAUUAUAUUAGGGGAGUGGUGGAAAAGUGAUGUUCAAGCUGUUCUUAGUGAAUUUCUUGAAAAUGGAGGAGAGCCUAAUAAUUCUGAUGCUUUUCUCAUAAAUGGUCAACCAGGUGACUUGUACCCUUGCUCUACACAAGAUACGUUCAAGCUCACCGUCGACCACGGCAAGAGAUACCUAAUUCGAAUGGUUAACGCCGUGAUGAACACCAUCAUGUUCUUCAAAAUCGGCGGCCACAACGUCACCAUCGUCGGCUCCGACGGCGCGUACCUGAAGCCCUUCACCUCCGAUUACAUCGCCAUCUCCCCCGGCCAGACCAUCGACUUCCUCCUCCUCGCCGACCAAAACCCUAGCCGCUACUACAUGGCCGCCCGUGCCUACGCCGUCGCCGGCAACUUCGACAACACCACCACCACCGCCCUAAUCGAGUACCGCUCCGCCGCCCCCGACACCCCUCCGCCGCUCCCCCCUCUCCCGGAAUCCAACGACACCCUGGCGUCGGCCGAUUUCACCGCGAAAUUCAAAAUCCUAACCCAAAGAAACCGCCCAAUCAACGUUCCCUUAAAUCCUUCAAAUAAAUUAUUCUUCACCCUUUCAAUGAACACCAUACCAUGUUCAAAUAGCACAUGUUUAGGGCCAUUUGGCGAUAGGUUUUCCGCAAGCGUGAAUAACCAAACAUUCAAUCUGCCAAGAAUCUCAAUCCUCGAAGCUUAUUACAAAGGGAUCAACGGCGUCUACGGCGGGGACUUCCCGGGCAGGCCGCCGCUGGCCUUCAACUACACGGAGGCGAUCGUGCCGAGGGCGCUGUGGGUCCCGGACAACUCGACGAAGGUGAGGUACCUCGAUUAUAAUUCGACGGUGGAGAUCGUUUUUCAGGGGACCAACGCGGUGCGAGGCGUGGAUCAUCCGAUGCAUUUGCACGGGUAUAGCUUCUACGUUGUGGGUCGUGGAUUUGGGAAUUUCGAUGUGAAGAGAGAUCCCAGGAAUUAUAAUCUUGUCGAUCCGCCAUUGAUGAACACCAUUGCAGUUCCUGUAAAUGGCUGGACCACUAUCAGAUUCAGGGCCGAUAACCCAGGAGUUUGGCUGUUGCAUUGCCAUUUGGAGAGACAUAUAAGCUGGGGAAUGAUGAUGGUGUUCAUCACUAAAAAUGGGAAGACCCCAGCAGCGAAAAUGGACCCUCCACCUCCAGAUUUCCCAAGAUGCUGAUAAAUUAAUUUAUGAUCAAGCCAAGUUUUCAACUCCAUGUUUUUAUUUAUUUAUCAGUCAUAUACGCAUUAAUUAAUUGUUAUUGCUUUUAUACCUAGAUCAAUAAGAGAAUAAUAAAUUAAGAGAUUUUUAUUUCAAUAUAAGUAUACGUAGAAAGAAAGAUGGUGUACUCAAAAUGGAUCAUUUAAUUUGGUUCUUUUAUUACACUUUUGUCUUAUACUAAUAAUACAUGUAAGGUGUACAUUUAUAA